AUGGGCACCCCCGCCGUCGCUGCGACGCAGCAACGAUACGACGACAAUGACGACUGGACACCGUACACCGUCAACGGCCGCUCCGCCUCGCCCCCGCGCAUAAAUCCUUACCACUUCGUGCAUCACCCCGACCACUCGGACGACCCGCUACCUCCCCUUCCCCCACACCUCCAACGCCUGGCUUCGGGCGAGACCGCGACUGACGACGAGGGCGACUCGGACACGUCCCAGGAGCCCGACAGCGACGACAGUGACGACGAGAACGAGCGCUUCUUCUCCCUCGACGAGGAGCGAGGACGACCACGAGGCUUCUCCCUCGACCUGGACUCAAAGGCGAACGCGAACGUGAGCGCGAACACGAACGGGUUCGCGGCACCCAGGACGCCAAACGCCAAGCUGGCACCGGCGGCCGAGAUCGAGGAGCCCGGACCAAGACGUAUCAUGAAGAAAGUAUCGAACGUCUUCCGCCGAACACCAGACAGCAAGGACGCCGCGCGCCGAUUCGCGUCUCCGCAUCGCCAGCGCAGCCCCGUCAUGCAGGGCGCGCCGCCAAGUCCGCCCCUAAGCGAUGCCAGCGACGGUGACUACACCCCGAGCGUCGCUGUCACGGAGGCAACGACUGUGUCGGCCGUGUUCGAGGACCGGAACAACAUCUCGCACCAGGAGAAGGUCGUGAUUGCUGCAUCGGUCGGCUCUACGGGAGUCGAGCCAAAUGAUCUCGCGACACCGCCAGCUUCCGGUCUCAGCGCGCAAUUGCAACCCGUCACGGAGGCGGGAGAGAGCACUCACGCAUUGCCAUUGCAGCAGCAAACGCCGCAGACUAUUCAGCCCUCACCACAGCCUCAGCAGAUUCAACAGCCACCCGCGCCCACGUUUGGAGGAGCGCUCGUGUCCGAGCCGGAACCGCAGGAGGAUGACGCCCCGACGCCCACCGCCGCAUACGCUCCCUCGAUCGACACGAUGAGCGAAGGAUCACAUCGGCUGCCUGCGCCCUCGAUUGAUAACGCGAGCGAGGGUUCACAUCGGCCACCACCGUCGGCAUACUCGCGAGACGCCUCGACUGAGCGGCCACCCGUCGCUCCAUUCAUGAUGGCGCGGCGAGUGUCGAGCGGCUCCACGUCGAGCCGCGCCGGAAGCCUGUCGAUGGUUCGAAGUGGACGACUGGCGCCGCAGCGGGAUCCUCAACCCGGCGCAUCUCCCGACUGGGGUCGAGGGAUGCUGACGGACGACGAUGCGAGCUCGCUGCCGCGCAACUCGUUUUCGUCGCCGCCUUUCAACGCCGUUGACCUUCCGAAUUCGGUUUCUUCAUCACCAUUGCCACCGCCAGCCGCCGGACGUCCCGCCCCACAGCGACGGAACACAAACCCGACACAACCCACACCGCCUAUGGCACCUCGCGUGCUUAGCAGCAGUGUGUCGUCAACAGGACAUGGUCCGCAACAGUCGCUCGAUGGCAAUAUCAACUUGCCGCCCGACAUCUUGGCUCAGGCAGACAUCCUUAGGCGGGAGCGACUCCAGAAGCGCCAGAAGAAGAUGAGCCUUCUUGUCUCACCGCAGCAGGCGCCCGACAUCACGGUCGAUCCCGCAGACGGCACCGCAUCCUCGCCGAAACAGGCUGGGCCUGCGCAAAAGCCCGACCGCCGCGUGACCGUGCGCCGCAAGGAGACGGAAGAGGCAAAGGUUCUUGUCGGCAACCUCGUCGGCGAGGGGCACCGCAACUAUGUGCUCAUGUACAACAUGCUGACGGGCAUUCGAGUGGCCGUGUCCCGAUGCCAAGCCAAAAUCAAGCGGCCGCUGACCGAGGAGGACUAUGUCGCACGACACAAGUACUCGUUCGAUAUGCUCGGCAACGAGCUGACGCCGUCGGCCAAGUACGACUUCAAGUUUAAAGACUAUGCGCCGUGGGUGUUCCGCGAGUUGCGCGAGGACUACUUCCACAUCGACCCGGCCGACUACUUGCUGUCAUUGACGGCCAAGUAUAUUCUGAGCGAGCUGGGAUCGCCGGGCAAGUCGGGCAGUUUCUUCUACUACUCGCGCGACUACCGGUUCAUCAUCAAGACGAUCUCGCACUCUGAGCACUGCUUCAUGCGCUCGAUUCUGAAGGACUACCACGAGCAUGUUCGCAACAAUCCACACACGCUGCUGUCGCGUUUCUACGGUCUGCAUCGUGUCAAGAUGCCGCGCGGGCGCAAGAUCCAUUUCGUCAUUAUGAACAACCUGUUCCCGCCGCACCGCGACAUCCACGAGACGUACGACCUGAAGGGCUCGGCGUACGGACGCGAAUACCCGGAAGAAAAGGCCAAGACGAACCCUCGAGCGGUGCUGAAGGACAUCAACUGGGUGAACCGCGGCCGGACGCUCGAGUUUGGUCCCGAGAAGCGUGCGCUCUUGACCGAGCAGCUGCGUCGCGACAUGGAGUUCCUCAAGAAGAUCAACGUCAUGGACUACUCGCUGCUCGUCGGUAUCCACAACAUGGAGCGCGGCAACCGGGACAACCUGCGUGAGACGACUCUCGCCGUGUUCAACCCGCAGACGAUGCCUGUGCGGCGCAAGCCGUCGAGCGUCAAGGCAGGCGCCGAGGCGAAGACGCUGCCGCAGGGCGGCUCAGCGGACCGCCGCCACUUCCUGUUCUACCAGGACGAGGGCGGUCUGCAGGCGACCGACGAGCAGAACCAGCCCAUGGACAUGAUCUACUAUGUCGGCAUCAUCGAUAUCUGCACGCCCUACAACCUCUCCAAGCGGAUAGAGCACGCGUGGAAGAGCAUGACGGAGAACGCGAUCACAAUCUCCUGCGUCGACCCGGACACGUACGGGCACCGUUUCCUCGACUUCUUAAUGAGCGUCAUGCGCGGCGGCGACACGUCAUUACGCCCUGCCGGGCUCGAGUCACCGCACAAGCUCGUGAAACCGGUCGGAUGUGAGCACGACGAGCGCAACGAGAUGCGCAUGAGCGCGGAAGCGCACCGGCCAACCCUAGCGAGGUUGAGUGGGGAACACACCCGCGCCGAAGCGACCAACAACGCCUCGUACCUGGCAGCCAAGUACGCUGUGAACCAGGCGAACGGCCCCGGAGCGCCAGGCGCGGCCUGCGUACAGGCCGUGCUGAACGAUGCACCGACGCGCCCGGCGUGCGCGCAGCCCACCUCAGCGCAGGCGGGCCAGAACGCAGCCUGGACGGCCGGCCAGGCCAUAACGGCUCCGACGCCACAGCAGGGCGCCUCGAUGCAGUUCCCGACCCCGCACCCGAACCUCCCCGCGACAGCGCAGCUAGCGCAAACCCAGUCCGCCGAGCCGAACGGACCCCCGCCGUCCUCUCCCUCAAAAUCACCAACGCUCUAUCCCCAGCCGGCGGGGGGCGCGCAGUUCCCCUACCCCCACGCCUACAGCAGUGCGACGUACUCCUCGGGCUCGCAUAGUCUGUCCGAGGGACAGUACCACGGCACAGAGGCGCAGGACCAAGCCGCCCUCGGCAGUCUGCAGGCCGGCGAGCGGGAUGCAGGCGUAGCAGAGGCGGACGAGGCCGAGGCGGCGCGCGAAGUCGCGCAGUCUAUGGCGGCGGGGCAGGCGCUGGCCAAUGCCGACGAGGCGGGGGCGCGGAAAGUCAAGGUCGGGCUUAGGACGGGGGAAUGGGUUGAUGGGCGUGAGGUUAGUGCUAUGGUGGGGCAUUUGAAGGCGGACUGA